CUUUGGCAUACAUAUUUUAACAGAAGAUUCAGAAAUGGACAUUUCAUCCGUGUUAAGGUCCUUUGGGUUAUACGUUGAAUCAAGAACCUACGAUAUAACAAAGCUCUGCCUUUACGGUGAAGUAGAAGGGGUGCGAUUGCAUCUCGAACCUGACACCCUCUAUUUUGGAGACUUAAUUGUCGGCCAGACAUCACAGCGCGUUCUUCGCUUAACAAAUCCUUCUGCUGUAGCGCCAAUAUAUCUAGAAUGUCUAUCGAAUGCAGCUGCACGCUGUUACCCGAAUUACAUGAGACUCAAACCGAAAACAUCAAUCGAAGUUCUUGUUAAAGUUUGCGGUAAAGAAAGCACUAAACCUUCUUUCAAGUUGUUCUUCAAUGUCAUAACAAAUUCUUACGACUCGACCGCAUCAAGACGAAGCUUCAAAAAAAUAAAAGUUGGGAGUUACUUUGUUAAAUGCACAGUGAAUAUUAUUUUCAAGUCCAAGAAAGAACUUUUAAGUAAAAAAAGUUUGCCGACAAAGAUAACAGAUGACGACGAGGAAAUUAUAAAACGUCUUUUACGUUCACCCAAAUGGAAGGUGUUAUAUAAAGACUAUUCAAAAAUAAUAAGUAGAUAUUUUGCGGAAAGUGUAAAAUAUCCGUUGAAAAAAUCGAUUUCCGCAAUCAAGGCAGCUGUGUUGAUACCUUUAUCGCCUUUACAAAUAUAUAAAGUCCACAUCUAUCCAGCAACCUUCACUUUUGGAAUGGUAGCACUGAAUAGUCUCAACUAUCGUCGUUUGGUUGUGAAAAAUACGAACGAUAUUCCAGUGAUGAUACGAUUGAUAAGUUUGUCAACCAAGUGCAUAAACUUUCCGGAAGGUAAUUUAAUAAUCGUGCAACCGGACUCGACAAUAACAAAAUUAAUCGAGUAUUUUGCGGAUGAAAUGGGCAAGUUUAACGGAUAUAUCAAUUAUGUGAUUAACGACAAUCAUUCUUUUGAGCUUAAUAUCACUGCUUGUAUCGUUCAUAAGCAUCUGUAUAUCGAUAAGAAAGAGAUUGAAUUUGGGAAGGAAUGGUUGAGAGAAGAAGUUUAUCAACCAAUGGCCACUGUUGCUCGAAUUACAAACAAAUUGGACGCAAACAUACGUUUUAGGUGGGAAGUACCGGUGACGGCUGGGUUCUACGUAGAACCGAGAUCGGGUACCGUACGAGGUAACGCUACUCUAUGUGUUUACGUGUGCUACGAGACCGAUAACAGGGAUAAUUAUGCUCGAGCGAUAAUGAAGUGUGAGAACGGAAGUCGCAUGUCCUUGCGACUUAGCGCGCCGCAAUUCGUACCGAGGGUCGAAUUUGCGAGUGACAGCGCGAAUCUCGGAGACAUACCCCUCAAUUUACCAACGAGGGUGAUCGCCAUCCUCCAAAAUUUCGAGUUCAAUGAGGUGAUAUACGAGAUAGAUAGCGCGUCGCUGAUACGCGGCUGCAAUGUUAAUCAACUGCGAGGGAAAAUAUCUCCGCGUGGUAUCGCAAUUCUUGAGGUAAACCUUACGUUCGACGUUUGCUGUCACUUUUCUACCGUAAUAGUCGUCACGAUACAAGGGUCCCUACAGUUACCGUACAGAAUAAACGGCAAUGUGUCAUUUCCGCGAUUGAAGCUUCUGCCGCGACAAAUAGGCUUAAAACGUCUCAGCAUCGAUGCCUCUCAAACUCACCAGAUAACAGCCACAAAUGUUGGGACAACGGUACUGAAGCUGCAAGUUUUGUUGGAAGAAUAUCCAGAAUUUUGCAUCUCUUUGUCGCCAAGUGACAAUAGAAGUUCCGAAAUAAGUACGGAAGGGAUAAUCAUCGCUCCAAGUGCAAGUCAAAAUCUUUAUCUGCAUUUUCAACCAGUCGAUCUGGCCAAUUAUGCUUUCUAUUUGCCGAUCGUGAUAAAUCAGCUGCUCGGCCCAGUAUCGCUGCUGAAUCCUAAAAGCGUUCAACCGGCGGAAUUUUUGAAAUCUCAUGAAGCUCAUUAUACGCAUUUAUCAGGUUUUACCAUGACACCAUUGCCUGAUAAGCUGCCGACUGUAUCUAUUGAUUUUACCGUGGCUGGUCAUAUUGUUUUCUUCAGUAAACUUUUAUUUUAUUUCAACGCAGCAACUAACAAAGUAAGAUUUUGUUCCGAUAAAACAAAAAAAACCAAAAGUACAUGCAGGAAAAAUUUAAAAAUAAGACAUUUCAAGCCUCUCAAUCGUUUAUUAUUCCGCCAGCUGUCCGAGGAAUUGUUCAUAGAGAAUCGGGUGUCGAGGGAAACAGUAAUAUCGCUAAAUAUUGAGGAGCUCAACAAAGCUGAUUGCCCAUUCGCCAUAAAGUGGUCUCACGGUGCGGAAAUUAGCAGAACGUCGGAUUCGAUUGUGUGCACCUUACGUCCCGGCGAUAGCGUCUCUCUUGUUCUUGAGUUCGAGCCGAGGAGACGCGGCAGCUUUAGUGCGGAGGUACCGAUAUACGUUCGCGGUGAGCUCGGCGACGGCGUCUUCAAUAAAUUACAUCUCAACGGCGAGUUCCCCGCCAGUUCGAUCGACGUCGAGCCGACGGAGAUAUAUUUUACGCCUGUUCCUCUCGGCACAGCGGUAGAGGAAAAGUUUAGGAUCCGUGCGAGGUACUUUGAUAACACGGCCUUUCUACGGUCGAACUUUUUGACGACGUCGCGAUGCAGCGGCGAUUACAGAGACGAGUUGUUACGCGUCGAGUUUCUAAACGGCAACGUCGUCCCUCCCCGAUCACACGUGGAUCUUGAAGCAAGAGUAACGUUCAAGAGCAAUCAACCAGUAUCGUUUUGCUUAAUUAUUGAGUUAACGGACGAUCGUGAGCUUGCCACGUGUUUUUUAACAGUAUAUGCAACAGCGGAUAACAGUUUGUUAACGACAUACAUGUACCAAAUGAAAUUCGUCGAUAAAACGUACACUAAAUAUUUGGAGAAACCUGUCUCAUGUCCGACAGUAUCAUCGGAUAGUGCAACAGACGAGGAUGAUUACGACAUUGACGAAAUUCUUCAUAAAAGCAAAUAUGUGAGUUUCUAUAUUCUCACGUUUUGCGAUUUGCCUUGUAACAGACAUUUCAAAAAAGUAAAAAUUAAUACAAUUUCGCUAAAUUCAGUUUUUCGGACAGAUAUAUGCGAUAUGAUAAUAUCUUCAAUCCAGAGCAAAUUAUUCAAAUCAGGACUCAGCAUUACGUCGCAUUUUGAUAAUCAAAGUAAAAGUCGUUUUAUCGAUAAAACGACAGAUUCAAAAUUGCAUCGGGACAAAGAGGUAAAUGAAGUAGAUAGUAAGAAUAUGCAAGUGGAUGAAAAACAGACGCUGGACAAUGAAAAACAAAUAUCAAUUCAUAAAAGAUCUUCCACAUUCUCUAUCGCUUUCGGACCAAGAGACCGCAAAACUUCUGAACACUCUGAAAAAUUGCUGCACUUUGAUUGUUCCACUAAUGAUAGAAAUGAUGAUUGCAGGAAAUAUAUGGAGAGAAUAAUGAUGUUUAUGGAAGAAUGGAUGUAUUCGGGUCCAUUAAAAUUUCGUUUUUAUCCAAAUAUUCCUUACGGCAUUACGGUAGCUUUUUCGUACUUCUUUACGAAAAAGAAAUCAUACAUAGGAAAUUCUAAACAAGAAGGCUACUCCCUUAUGCUCUCAUUCGUUGAUAUCCUCGAAUCGCUCGUAGGAUCAAAUAUUCACACUUACUUGGGAGAAUUAUCAAAGCAGCCGUUACCUAAAAGUGACAUCGAAAGAAUCAAUUAUGUGCUUCAGUUGUAUAACAAGAUACUCGACUUUCUUCUAUCUCAACGAGCGUAUUUAUUUCACGUCUCGCCGCAAUUUCUUCUCAAUUACAACGAUUAUCUAAUUAGCAUUGACAUUGUACAGAGCAAUGUACAAAGAAAGAAACUUUUCGGUACGAAUUGCAUGUCACGCAAACGGAUGUCACGACAAUUAUUCGAAUCGCGAAAUAAGCAAUGUUGGUUGGAUGUGAUUCUGCAGACGUACAAGUGUCUUGUACUCCGUAAAAUACACGAGCACAAAUUCGGGACGUCGCCACGUUCCUCGAGAAGAUCCACGCAUCGGGAAUCGAUAGUGUCGGCUACGUCGAGUUUGCCGAAACUUCACGAGAAAGCCAUUCAAAGCAUCAUAAAUUCGCCAAAUUACAAAUUCGCUUCCGAUGACUUUGGCAUGGAAGAAAAGUUUCUGUUGACUUGGCUGCGAUAUCAUUACGAACAACAAUGCGUGCGAGAUUGGAUGACCGAUCACCGUAUAAUCCUGGAUCCGCGAGAGAAGCAGGAGGUGGCGGAGCAUCGCGCGAUUCAAAAUUUUCAUUGCGAUUUGUCGGACAGUCUCGUUUUAAUCGCCGUCACUGCGGCCUACUGUCCCUUUCUCAUCAACGAAUACUUUAACAAUUUGUACAUUGUCCCGAGAAACAAACAAGAGAUACUACAUAACGCUGUUUGUCUAAUCACCGCUUGGCGGAAAAUACGGCUUGGCUUCAUAAUUACGCCGACGCAAUUAGUUAAUCCGAAUACAGUGCAAAUGUUAAUGCUGGUCGUCCAUCUUUUCCAAGCUUUGCCGACGUAUGUACCUCGCGCCAAGAUCAAAUUUAGCUGCCCACUGUCGCAAACCGUAACAAGGCAAAUAAGCGUUUUGAAUCCGACAGACAACAUUGUAAAUUAUUUAUUGUUGCUCGUGAACAAUGCAAAUCAUUCUUUUACCAUCCUGAAGCCCGUAUCGAUCUUACGUUUAAGCGCGAACGGCAGUGGUCAAGUACAAAUACAAUUUCAUGCGAAUAAAAUACGGAAAAAUAGAACGUAUUUGAUACUCUGCGGACGGGCUAUUGGACCACAUUUCGGAAGAAAUCAGACUAUCGUCUUGGAGGGUCACAUCGACAAUCUAGGAAUUGCGAGCGAAUACACUGUACGCAGCAAACUAUACGAGAUUGUCGAUAUGAAUUUGAGAAUCAAUAUACCCUAUCGAAAUGAGGCGAAAUACGAUAUAUGGAUGACGGACGAACGACCAACUGAACCCUCGACCCUGAAAAUGACAUCAUGGCGCGAAUUGCAAGCUAGGAAAAUACCGAGAAGGCUAUUUCUGAAUCAAGAAUCAAUAGUUGUUGCCGAGGGUGCAUCGGAGGCGCGUUUAUCGAUCAGCGUGGCGUGCAUCGCACCUGAGCAACGGGAAUUUUGGUUGAUCUUUCAAGCGAAAACGGGCGACUUCAUCAUCAAAAUAAUUUCGAUAUGGCAAACAUCAGUUAACGGUCACAUCGUUGUCGAGUGGACGGCUGAAGAAAAAUGUAUUUGUUCAAAUCAGCGAAGUGGCAUAAGAGACACUUGCUCGUUUAACAUUAGCGUGCCUAUACCGUCCUGCAACGUUAAGCUCCAGAAAUGUGUAGUCGAGAUGUUUAAAAAGACUCUUGAUUUGAAGGAACGUUUGUUCUGGUCCAAAUACUCGAAUACCAAUAUCGAAUUACAAUUAAUAAAAUGGUUGAUGGGAGAUGAUACUGAUUCCGCGACUUUAGAAUUUGUCCAUGUUUUUAAUACCGCAGUUACGUAUAAAGUUGCGAUUUCAGACAAAUCAAGUCCUCUUAUUCUACCAGAAUGUUUCACUAUACAAGAUGUGAGAUUGUCUACUCAGCAAGUUCCAAUGAUCAUGCAUAUUCUACCAACGACUUCUCCAUUGUAUGAAGCGACGAUCACUCUUACAUCUUUGGAUAAUAAAGAACUUCGAGUAUACAUCAUUAGCUGCUUACGAUCGUAAAAUUAUCGUUAUUAAUAUAAUUGCACUUCAAAUAAAUGAUAUAGUAAAUUAUACAAACACAAAUUUCAAUCUUACUGUUUGUCUUGGUAUAGAGAAUUUAGUAUUGUAUCAAUAAAAAAUAAAUAAGAAAUGUGAAAUAAUAAUAGUAAUUAUAAUCAUAA